GGUAAGAUAAACAUUAGUACGUUUAUCCCCUAGGAGCAAGUAUAAUAGCAGGUUGUUAGACAACCAAAUGAUGAGGAUGAGGAGACAUAAAAGGAGAGAGGGAGCAUAAACAUAUUGUAAGCUUAAAAUCAGCUCGGUCACAAGAAUCAAGAAGCUCUAUGAGAGACAAGUGGAUAAUAUAUUAAUGGUGAAGAGCUAACUACUAUGUGAGUAAACUAAAAGAAGAUUGUAAUAAGUAUUAUAGCCAGCUUGCUAGCUAUGUUAUUAGCUUUCCUCUAAAUACUAUCUACAGUUUGAGAGAUUCUUCGGAUUAUAGCCUAAUUAAGAAAAAAGGGGCUCAACCAAAAUAGCAAAACGGAUCUUCACCCUCCUGGCAGACGGAUUACGAGCUCAUUUGUUUAGGCAGCGGGUAAGAUUCUGACGGUCUCACCCCCCGGCGCUGUCGCCGAUCCACCACCAUCCUUUUCCUACCUGGCAGAUUCCUUGUCAGCGCGUGCACUCCCACUCCUGCUUAACCAACCCCGCUUCUCCUCUCCUCUCGAUCGCGUUUGACCGCCCGUGCCGCGCGCGCUUCUCUCGCCUACAAGUAGCAGCCGCCGCCCAGCGUUGCACUGCACACGGUCACCCACCUCUGCCACUCUUCCCCACCACCACCCCCCAACUCUUCUCCCGCGCGACUCGCGUCGGCCAUGACGUGGAACAAAUCCCCGGCGGCGGCCGACGGCGGCGACAGCGGGCAGGCGCGGCUCCGGGAGCUCGGCUACAAGCAGGAGCUCAAGCGCGACCUCUCGGUGCUGUCCAACUUCGCCUUCUCCUUCUCCAUCAUCUCCGUGCUGACGGGGAUCACGACGCUGUACAACACCGGGCUCGCCUUCGGCGGGCCGGCCACCAUGACGUUCGGGUGGUUCGUCGCCGGCGCCUUCACCAUGACCGUCGGCCUCUCCAUGGCCGAGAUCUGCUCCUCCUUCCCCACCUCCGGCGGCCUCUACUACUGGAGCGCCCGCCUCUCCGGCAAGCGAUGGGCUCCCUUCGCCUCCUGGAUCACCGGAUGGUUUAACAUUGUCGGACAGUGGGCGGUGACCACCAGCGUGGACUUCUCCCUGGCGCAGCUGAUCCAGGUGAUCAUCCUGCUUGGCACCGGCGGUAACAAUGGAGGAGGGUACAUGGCAUCCAAGUACGUCGUGAUCGCCUUCCACGCCGCGAUCUUGCUCAGCCACGCCGCCAUCAACAGCCUCCCCAUCUCCUGGCUCUCCUUCUUUGGGCAGUUCGCGGCUGCCUGGAACAUGCUAGGUGUCUUUGUUCUGAUGAUUGCUGUGCCAACUGUUGCCACUGAGAGGGCCAGUGCCAAGUUUGUCUUCACCCAUUUCAACACUGAGAACACUGCUGGGAUUCACAACAAUUUUUACAUCUUCGUUCUUGGACUCCUGAUGAGCCAGUACACCCUGACAGGAUACGAUGCAUCUGCGCAUAUGACCGAGGAAACCAAAAAUGCUGAUAGGAACGGCCCAAUUGGCAUCAUCAGCGCGAUAGGAAUAUCAAUAAUAGUAGGAUGGGGCUACAUUCUUGGCAUCACAUUUGCAGUGAAGGACAUCCCUUACCUCCUGAGCGCUGACAAUGAUGCUGGAGGGUACGCCAUUGCUGAGGUGUUCUACCUGGCAUUCAAGAGCCGAUAUGGGAGCGGCGUCGGUGGGAUCAUCUGCCUUGGGAUCGUCGCCGUUGCGAUAUACUUCUGUGGCAUGAGCUCGGUGACGAGCAACUCAAGGAUGGCGUACGCGUUCUCGAGAGACGGGGCGAUGCCACUGUCGUCGGUUUGGCACAAGGUUAACAAGCACGAGGUGCCGAUCAACGCCGUCUGGCUCUCGGCUCUCAUCUCCCUCUGCAUGGCAUUGCCGUCGCUGGGGAGCCUGGUGGCGUUCCAGGCGAUGGUGUCGAUCGCGACGAUCGGGCUGUACAUCGCGUACGCGCUGCCGAUCCUGUUCAGGGUGACGCUGGCGCGGAAGCACUUCGUGCGGGGCCCGUUCAACCUGGGGCGGUUCGGCGUCGCCGUCGGGUGGGCCGCCGUGCUGUGGGUGGCCACCAUCACCGUGCUCUUCUCGCUGCCGGUGACGUACCCGGUCACCAAGGACACCCUCAACUACACCCCCGUCGCCGUCGGCGGCCUCUUCCUGCUCGUGCUCUCCUCGUGGCUCCUCAGCGCCAGGCACUGGUUCAAGGGCCCCAUCACCAACCUCGAUGGCUAGCUGAAGCUCAGCCAGCUGAUCACUCACUAUACCAGACCUACGUGGUUCUUGUGCGAUGGAUGCGAUGCAACAAUGGCGGAGAUGUUGUGGGGGGCGGUUUCAGCGGAUGGAAGAUCCAUCGCCGAAGGCGUUGUAGGGAGGAGAAGAAAGAUAUCUGAUGAUGAUCUGGUAGGAAGUGAUACGGGGUGGUGUUGUAAUUAGUUGAUUUGUUCAGCAAAAUUGUUACAUGGGAGGGGGUUAUACUGCUGUAGAUUGACAAGAUGUACUGAGAAAAUGAUUGCUUCAACUGAAGGCUGAAUCAGCUGAAAACUUCGUGAGAUCAUUGACUGUGCUGUUGCGUUUACAAGUAAAUUUUCGUACACGUCGCAUAUGCGAUUAGGUUAGCACAUACCUCGAAUGGAAUGUAAUUCCAAGUGUAAUCACAGGCAUCAUGAAGCGACGAACAAAGGUACGCUAACGGUUUGU